AUGAAGAAAUUAAUUACUUAAUAUUAGAAGUAACAAAAUGAAGAUUAUAAGGAAAAGAUAAGGUAGCUUCAUACUUAAUAUGAAAAGUAAGAGUCAGAAUCAAAGAUGAAAUUAGAAUGGAUGGAAAAUAAAAAUGCAGAACUUGAAAAACUAUCAAUGAAUAUGAAAAGAAAAUAUCAAAUUUAGUAGAAUAACUAUCUCAAUAAAACCAAAGCGAUACAGGAGGAAGCAAUAAUCAAUAGAUUACUCACUCUUAGGCACAUCAAAUUAAAAAUGAAGUCAUAGAUAGCAUAAAAUAGAUGAAUGAAGUAAAUUAUUGAAGAAGAUCAUAGUUUUUAACAUCAAUUAUACGGGAAUUUGCUUUCAGCCUCACUUAAGUUUAAUGAAUAGAAAGACUUACUUUAAAGUGGAUUAAAGGAAACCAUAAAGGAGAUUGUAUAUUAUAUUGUUAUGUGUAGAUUAUUACAAUAAAUAUGAAUAAUUUUUAGAUUUGGCUUAAAAAAAGGAUUAAACAAUUGAGGAAUAAGAUAAAAUAUUAACAGAAAAAAAAUAAGAGAUAUCAAAACUUUAAGCUCAAUUGUCAUAAUGAAUAAAACUAACAAAGAUUUAAAUGAGACGAAGGCUUUUUACGAGUAAAAGAUUCUAGAAUAGGAUACUAUAAAUUAAAAUAUAUAAUUCCAACUAAAAUAAGCAUCAGAUUAAGAGUUUUAUGAAAAAAUGAAUUAAAUAUUGUAGGAGAACGAGGAACUAAGAUAGUUGAGAAGCGAAAAUUAAGAAGAAUUGACUUAAAAGGAUUUAAUGAUAGAGGAAUUAAAAAUGUAAAUGUUAUCAUAAUCAUGAGUAACAGGAAGUUCAGGUAUUAAAAUAUAUGUACGUUUGUAUAGACUUAUAAGAAAGAAAAAGAAGACAAGAAUUGUUGGAUAAAGUAAAGAAGAUAAUCUGAGAAGUAAGGAUCCUCAAAUGAUUAAUUGA